AUGGAUUCUCCAUCUCCAAAGAGGCCCCGCUCUGAAUCCAAAGCCGAAUCUGAUGAUAAGGAUCGAAUCAGCUGUUUGCCCGAACAAGUUAUAGACCGUAUAUUAUCUCUAUUGACAUCUAGAGAAGCACAAGCGACUUGUGUUCUUUCCCGGAGAUGGAGGCACUUGUAUAAUUCUCUUCUCACCGACCUUGAUUUCGACUGGUUGGACUUAUUGGAGAAGUUGAAGUUGCUAGAUAACCCCGAGUGGGCGGAAAAGGAGAGGGCGAGAUAUGUGGAAUGGGUGGAAAAGGAGAGGGCGAGAUAUGUGGAAUGGGUGGACAAUUUCGUGCAUCGUCAAAGUGGAAAAGAGCACUCUCUACGAAGAUUCACGUCGAAGAUUCACGUUACGUUUGCUUUGGCAAAACAAGUGAAAGUGCUCGAACUACAUUUCAUGCCCGCGUGUUACAACGAUAUUAAUCCUGAUUGUGACCCUAGUCGCUUGCCAUAUGUGUUAGAGCGUGAGAUACUUAUGGAUGCCGAUGUAGGGUGUUCGCGGCGAGCUUCAGGUCUUGGUAACUUUGGCUUGAGCCCUUCCAUUUCUUGGCGCGUUGGCUGUAGGUAUCUUGAACAGCUCUCCUUAUUUCGAGUGAAUGUGGAGGCAGAACUCAUUGAGCAAUUGCUUGCCGCUUGUCCAGUAUUAGAGAAAUUGGUUUUGGAAUAUGCUCGUGGCUUGAGAUGGUUGAGAGUUUCUGGCGAGUCACUGAAGUUGAAAUACUUGUGCACAAGAGUUUGUAAGGAUCUUCGAUUCAUCGAGAUUUAUGACACAAAUCUAGUUUCCUUCACUUACAGAGGAUAUGAACAACAAAUUCUAUGGUAUUUGGACAAUGUCCCCCGGCUGUCCGAGGUGUCCAUUGAAGGAUUUUGUGCGACACGAGUGGAUUUGAUCAUGUCUGAGCUUUCAAGAUAUUCUAGUCUGCAGACGAUGAAACUUUACUUUGCUAUGCCUUUUCCUGUAAGAGCACUGACUGAUCUUUCCUAA